ACAAGAUUAAUGUGAAUGAAAUAUUUAGGACUGUAUUACAAUGGACACAGAACCAUCAGAACUCAAAACAGAGAAGAGUAAAUGUACUUCAGAGUCUGGUAAUACUGAGGAAAUAAAUAAUGGAGCCUUGAACGCACCUGAGGUUAUGUCUAAGAGCCAGAUGAAGAAGAUGGUUAAACAGAAGCAAUGGGAAGAUCAAAGAGAGUUUAGAAAGCAGAAGAGAAAAGAGAAGAGGCAGAAAAGGAAACUUGAACGGCAGGCUCAGCUAGGACAAAAUGUGGAUGGCAGUACUUGUAAAAGAGUGCGCAGGGAGGUCCAACCCAGCACAUUGCGUCUCAUUGUAGACUGCAGCUUUGAUCACUUAAUGUUAUUGCGGGAUGUGAAGAAGUUAAACAAGCAAAUCAGAAGGUGUUAUUCCGAAAAUCGCAGAGCAACACACCCUGUCCAAUUUUAUUUAACCAGCCAUGGUGGACAAUUGAAAAGCAACAUGGAGGAAUAUGACAAAGGUUGGAUCAACUGGAAGGAUAUACACAUCUGUUCAGAGCAUUACAAAGAUCUCAUGAAGUCUGAAGACCUGGUAUACCUAACAUCUGAUUCCCCUGAAGUACUCCAUGAGCUAGAUGAGACCAAAGCUUACAUCAUUGGUGGCCUUGUAGAUCACAAUCACCACAAGGGCAUUACUUACAAGCAAGCUCUGGAUUUCGGUAUCCGUCAUGCUCAACUUCCUCUUGGGAAUUUUGUGAAGAUGAAUAGUCGCAAAGUCUUAGCUGUAAAUCAUGUAUUUGAAAUCAUACUUGCUUAUCUGGAGAAAAAAGAUUGGAAGGACGCCUUCUUCAGUGUUCUACCUCCGCGUAAAGGAGCAGUGCCUAUUGAUGAGACUGGUGAGGCGCCAACAGACGUUUCCCUUACUCAGGAUGAUGGAAAUCACUUAGAUAGUGACUCUGAUUCUGAAGAUGAGGAAGAACCUAUUAAUAAAGAGGAGCAUAACAAUGACACGUGACAUCCUGUGGAUACUAUCAUAUGUGUACAUAUUGUGUUUUCAUUUCAAGAAGAAUAUUUUUUUCAGCUCCCCUGCCAAGCAAUAUUGGUUAAAAUAAUUAUAUAUUUUAAAUAAAAAAGACAGAAUCUUGUUUGUGUUUGUAGAACUGUUUUUAAGUUCUUAUUGGAGGAAUUCAUACUGAAAAUAUUUCAAAAUGUUCCUUUGGUUUUAAAGACUCCUUUAUGGGCAUUUAAUAAAACAAAAAGGUGGCA